CAACGGGCCACACGCACCCGCGGUUGCCCGUGGCGCUGCCCCGGAGGAGGCCGCUUCCCGUGGGGGCCGCCGGCGGGGCGGCCGCGGCGAGCCCGCCGCCGGCGCCGCGUUCGGUGGCCUGCGCGAGUUCUUCGUGCAGAAGCUGCGCGUCGACGAGGUGCUGACCCACGACGCCCUCCUCCGCCGGUGCCGCGGCGAGGAAGCCGCGGGCGGCCCCGCCACGGCGGUGGCCGCCGCGGCGGCACGAGGAGCGGCGGACGACGACAGCAGCUCCGACGACGACGGAUCGGGCAGCGAGCGCUCCGCGCUCGGCGGCGCCGACCUGCUGAGCCUAAGGGACCUGGUCGGGGACGACCCGUCGGUGCUAGGCGCGGUGGCGGUGCCCCCGGCAGGAGACGAUCCUGCACCGCUCCGCGGGGUGACCACGGCUGGACGAGCGGCUUUCGAGGAGACGAGUCGCACCGCUGCGAGGGGACGAUUCGCACCGAUCCUCACCAGGUCGAGGGGACGCUUCGCUUCGCAGCGCUUCGUGCGGGCGGUUUUGGGGGGUCCCACUAGGGCCGUCUUGUGAGCCCC